AUGAAUCGCCGGGUGCGAAAUGUGAGAGGUGCGGCGUCGCCUGUACCGGUGUGUAGUUUUGACCCGUGUCAAGAGGCUAAGUUGAGCUGUAGAUGCCACAGGUUGGGCAAAGAAUGUUCUGUGAAAAACCGUCCGCCGCGGAAAAAGCGGGCAACUAAGCCCUCGAAAACAGCACAACUGGAAGAGCGUCUGGAUAGCCUCAUCCGGGCACUUCAAGGUCCAGACGGUAUCACCACCCCGGACAAAAACCUGGCCAUUCCCGAGGCAUUAGCGACUCCAAAGGACGCCGACCUACAGAAUCAGUUAGCCUCCUCCCCUCCAGGAAGCAAAUUCAUCACAAUACCACCCACAUACAACGCCUUCGGACCGCAAACAUGCAUCUGCCGGCCAGCGCCGGGCCGCGUCCCGGCCUCGGUCGACUCCGACGUGACCCUCCUCGCAAUCUACCAGGAGUCCCUGACGCCAGUGUACCCCUUCGUCGUCGUCCCCCACGGCACGUUCCCCGCGGACCUGCAGUCCACGCGGCCGUUCCUCAUGUCCUGCAUCCGCAUGGUGACAUCGCUCCGCAGCCUGCGGUCGAUGCAGGCACAGAUGUACCAGCUGAAAGCCCACGUAUCACAGCACGUGCUCCUGUGCGCAGAGAGAUCCCUAGACCUCCUCGCCGGCCUCGUCGUCAUGCUCGGCUGGCACCACCGCCACUGCAUGGUUCACGCACAGCUGCAGCAACUCGUGUCGAUAGCGACGACGCUUGCCGCCGAGCUGGGACUCACUCGAAGCCCCGGUUGGCAGGAGCGGACGAAGCUGCUGGUGUCUGACCUCGGUGAAGUAAGAGAGAGGACGAACGAGGAGAGGAGGCUGUUGCUUGGUGUGUGGUAUCUCAGCUCAACAGUAUCUACGGGCUUGCAGCAGGUUGAACCAAUGUCGUUCUCGCCAUAUAUGCAACGGUGCCUACGAGAGCUGGAGACGGCGCGCGAGUAUGAAUCGGACACGUACCUCGUCUACCUCAUCAAGCUCCAGAACUUGUCCGACAAGAUCGUCCAACAGUCCCGCCGCAGCGACGACGAGGACGAAGACGAAUCAGAACGCAAGCAGAGAGCACCUUUCGCAGCGUACAUCCCGGCCUUUGAGGCGGGACUCAACAACCUCAUCCGAGAUAUACCGGCAACGUUUCAAACCAACAAACUGAUCCGCAUUCACAUAAACACAAUACGCCUGCGCCUCCACGAACCGCCCAAACUCGACGCCGCGCUCCUCUCCUCACUCUCUAAAUCCACCAGCACUACCGGCAUGCCUCUCCCCCUAGACAGCCUCUACCGGGCCAACGCCGCGCUCAGAACGUGGUACGACGAAUGGCUGGGCAUACCCAUCCCGGUGUACCCGUACAUGCCGAUGGCGGUGUCAAUGGACGCAGUCUACGCCGUCACGAUCCUCGGCCGCUGGGCCAAGAUCUCCAUCGCGAGCACCGUACGCCACCGGCAAGUCCCGGUCGAUUCCCCACUGCCUCCCGACCCGUCGGGUAACUACAACAACCCGUCGCCGCAGACUUCGGCCCCCACGCCAGCGAGCUCGGCGCCGACGACGACGCCCGCGUCCUCCUCCUCCACUCCGUCACCGGAUGACGCAAAGCUCGCGCAGGCCGUCGCGGCGUUGAAGGUCCAGCUCGAGACCCAGCCCGCGCUCGCGCUCGACGUCAUGAGCAUCAUGGACCGGCUGUGCAACGCAAUGGAGCAGGCGAGCGCGUGGGUGGCGCAGCGGAGCGAAGACCCAGCGGGCCUGGAACACGACUUUUGGUCGCUGAGCGCGGCCAAGAUGAAGAUAGCGCAGCUGAAGCUCGAGCACUGGGCGGCGAUGGUUGCGGAAGAGGCGGAAUCCGACGGGGACGAGGAGUAUCUAGACGGUGGAGGGGGGUUUACCGGGGUGGUCGAAGGUCUUGGGUUCCCGGGAUACGAGGGCUGGACGGGGGACACCACCACGGCGGGUGUUUUUGAUACCUUUGGUUCGCUUUCGUGGAUGGAGGGGGUUGAGGAUUGGGGGGGUAUGAUGGGGAGAAAUGGUCCGUACCAAAGCUGA